AUCAGGCAUCACUUGUGAGGCUUGCCUCCAAUGUAUUAGCUGCAUGGUUACGGCCUGGUGUCUUACAGUGGCUAGGACAAUCCUUCUGAUUUCGAAUUUCUGGGUCUUUACCUGGUUACUGAGCCCUUGCUGGACCAUCCUGAGGAAGUAAUCCUAGAACUACACAGGGUUUCUCACAAUGGACCAAGGUGAACUGCCAACAUUUGAGAAUUCACCAAGCAGUUCUCGUUGAGAGCUCAACUGGAUUCAUACUCUUGAUUGAUCCUGAUAUCCAAAGUCAACUCUUGUUUAUAAAGAAAAGUUAUUCUGAGCUCUUCAUCCUGUGGACUAAUAAGCUUCUGACCGUGAACCAACUUGUAGAUUAUACCAUUACUGGAAUAAGUAAUACAUCAGAUAUCAGGGUGACCAGCCCAAGAAUACCCAGCCGGAGCCAGGCAGACAGUGGCAUUCAUUUGGAAAUAGGAAGGUUAUACCAUACUGAGGACCCAGUACUCAGCCAAGGCCAAUCUAGAAGUGAGUCCAUGUGGCAACCUAAACAGUGUGGGAUGGAGAUGAAACCUGAAGCUCCUGGGCAAGGUCGAAAACGAAAAUACCAAAAUAAAGAUGGGAAAGACAUUGAGUCUGAAGCUUUGGGAAAAGGUAAAACACUGAAAUACCAGGAUGAGGGUGAAAUGGAUUUGGAGUUUGAAGAGCCCAGCAAAACUCCAAAGAGGAUACCUCAGGAACAGCAAGACCUAGGGCUUCAAAGGCAACAGCCACACAAGGAUGAGCUGUGGGAACCCCAUCGAGAAACUCUAAGUCAAAUGAAGACCCUAGAGUGGGCUAAAGGUCCACAUGAGCAGGCUGUAACUGUGAGAAAGUCUGGGGAUGGUGGUAACAAGGGUCACAAGAGGCCCUCUUCCCUCAUGGAGGAAUAUGCCGAAAACCACCUAAGGCAAAAGUACCAAAGGUUACUGCAGCAUCUUCCACCUGGUAAUAACAUGAAAUCUGACCCACAGAGCGCUCACACAACCCUGGUGGAUACCAUGAAGAUCAAAGGUUGUGUGGAAGGGCACAGUCAUGGAUCGAGAACAACUCAGUGUGAUCCUAAACAAUCUACUGUUGUUACCACAAAGGAAUGUAUCUCACCAGACAAAAAAGUGAGGAUGUGUACAGAGAACUCUUCUGAUACACGGAAGAAUGAUGCAGUAAGCCUUGAAGGAAGAAGAGGACACGACGUGGAGCCUGACUUGCUAAGAGCAGAGGCUCAAGUCUUCCUGCAUAGUGGCAGCAGUAGGUCACUCCCCAACAAGAUGCCAGUAGUUAUGGCAGAGAAAAAGCCUGCUGUAGACCAAGAAAAGGUCAGAAGAAUGGAUGAAGUCCUUAAUGUUACAGAGGACAUGGAAAAGGAAAUAAAAAAUGCACUAGGUCCAGGACCCCAGGAAGAAAUCUUAACUAGUGCAUUCAAAUUGCAUAUUACUCGAGGAGAUAUCCACACACUAGAGAAUGGUGAGUGGCUCAAUGAUGAGGUCAUCAAUUUUUAUAUGAAUCUUCUGGUUGAGAGAAAUAACAAAAAAGGGUACCCAGCUCUUCAUGUGUUCAGCACUUUCUUUUACCCUAAACUAAAGCAUGGUGGCUACUGUUCUGUUAAACGAUGGACUCGAGGAAUAAAACUGUUUGAAAAAGAAAUUAUUCUCAUACCUAUUCACCAGAAGGUACACUGGAGCCUGAUAGUAAUCGACCUAAGAAAACAGAGUAUCAUAUACCUCGAUUCAAUGGGACAGACAGGGCAGAGCAUUUGUGAGACCAUCUUUGAAUAUUUACAAAAUGAGAGCAAAACUCGAAGGAACAUUGAGCUGGACCCUUUGGAGUGGAAAAGAUACAGUAUGACAUCAAAGGAGAUUCCUCAACAACUGAAUGGGAGUGACUGUGGAAUUUUUACUUGUCAAUAUGCAGAUUACAUUUCUAGAGACCAACCACUUACCUUUUCUCAAAAACACAUGCCCAUCUUUAGGAAGAGGAUGGUGUGGGAAAUCCUGCAUAGUCACGUACUGUAACAACAUCCACUUGGUUGCUAUGGCACCCCUGCACUUUUCCAUUGAUGUUUCUAUAUACCUCAAGCAAGAUGGGUUGAAAAGAUUCAAAACAGAUACUGAGCUGCCUGACAUGGAUGAAGCCCACUCUCUUCAAUGUAGUCCUGACCUCGGGAGUCCUGCCCAAUGCCAUCUAUAGGCUGCAUGUAACUACUGCGAGCUUAGAAACCGCUGUUCAACCCACACGAGAACACAUGUUCAAAAAGUAUUGUUUUAGUGUUGGAUAUAGUUUAUGAAUUAUUUUAAUGUUGGAUUUAGUUUAUGAAUUGUUUUAGUGUUGGUCUUAUUUUAUGAAUUGUUUUGAGGUUGGAUUUAGUUUAUGAAUUGUUUUAAUGUUGGAUUUAGUUUCUGAAUUGUUUUAAUGUUGGAUUUAGUUUAUGAAUUUUUUUGUAUUCUUCCCCCACUCACUCAUUUACAAACCUUGGUAGCUGUCAUUUUACAAUAUUCUCUAGUUACCAACUCUAUUCCUUGUUUGAACUGUUUAUUCCUGAAAAGAAUGCCCAUCACACUGUCAUUCCCUGCUUAAGGUCAGGGCGGACAUCAGCAAGAAGAGACAGGAAGUGUUGACUAGUGUCUCUAAUGAUGGAGUUGUAUCUGUUAAAUUGAAGAUGGAGGUGUUUUUUUCUUUUAUGUAUAGUUUAAAGAUUGAAAAUAGUAAAAGAAAGGACAAUGAAUUGCACAAACUGAUACUUUUCUAACCAAUCAUACUCUACUGGACUUCUAUAUGACACAGAACAGUUGAGAAAAGCAUCACAGUUAUUUAAAGACACAUUCUGUCCCAGAAUUAAGGAGACUUGCCUUAGUUUGUGGAAGCUGAUUAGAAUUAACUAUAAUGGUAAAUAUCCAUUAUUAUCCCAGGUCUCAUUGAAUCCAAACCUCAGCUUUGCUAUAUUGAAUUAUCUGAAAAAUUUGAUUCAAUUUAAAGUUAUGUUUUUACUUAAUUCAUUAGAUUAAUAUUGCUGUGUCCCAUUCCCACUGUGGAAGUGGGGAUUUAGGGUUGAUAUUGGUAAUUAUACAAUAAUCCAUUAUACAUGUGAUGAACUGUAUUUAACUUUUCUUUUCAUUGUCUUACAGUUGUGUUUAUAAAUUUUUAUAUAAUAAAGUUUAAAGUUGUUCAAAACAUA